AACUAAAACAGGCAAUGCAUCCAGUUAGCAAUGUCAGUUAGUUAGCUACUAUAACUAGAGUUACAAGACAAAAUAAAAACAGAAUGGCAGGCUAUUUUAACAUAAUUUCCUCGAGGGAACGUACAGAAAACACUCCAAUGUAUCCUUGGUAUAAACAAAGGCUGUUUAUCAAAAGUCUCAAAGAUCCCCAAGACAAGCAAAAAUUAUCUGGGGCUCUUGAUGGUCAUCGUUGGCGCUUUUUGAACUCAAGGCUUGAUGAUUUCAGAGAUGGAUAUCCUUUACAUGUUGGGCAAGAAAGUUUUGUCUCAAAUCAGUGUAAAACAUCCCCAGUACUUUUUGGAAAGACUGUGAUAACAGGUUCUUCAGUGAAGGUGAAGAGCAGGCUCUCAAAGGAGCAGGUUUGUUUUUCCAAGGAGAGCCCAUUCAGACAUAAACAUCAUGCACAUGUGGAUGCUGUGGAGGACAGGUUGACUCAGCAUCCUCUUGCUCUCUAUCCCCAUCUGGAGAGUGGUAUGGCUCCUGAGUUAUUUGAUGAGGUGCUAUUGGUAUUGGACCCUGACAUGUACUUAAAAAAGAGGUCAGCACUGAAUUGUGAGAAACAGGAGCAAAAAGAUGUCUAUAACUCUGAGAAGAUUCUACCACAAAUGACAAAGGAUGAGGGAUCUGUGAAAGAAAUAUCACAGGGACCAAACCAAAUGAACCCCUAUGAAUUAAAAGAUACAAAAACAUCUUGGGAUAAAGAGGACCAGAGAGUCGGUGUUAAAGGUCUACGUUCACCAUCUCAAGAUGAGGACAUCAAGAAAGUGACCAAACACUUCUGUGACUGGGUUAAAUCUCUUGGUGGCGACACAAACAAUCUUACAGAUUCUACUGUGUUAGGCCUAUUUGUUAGUGGCUAUGAGAAAAAACCCUCUCUAAUCUUCCCUAUUGAAGUGAUUAAAUCCAGCAACAUACCAGAGGAGUUACGUUCAGCAAUGGAACACGGCAGAGUCCUUACAACUGACACCCUCUUGAAGGAUUCUGACCUACAUGGGUUUCAAACUAGAAGCAAAAAGACCAAAUUUGGUGCAUGGUACCUCGAUCCCAAACUAUGGAAGAAAAGAUUCUCAAAUGAGCCACUGAGAGACCCCUCUGCACUAGAGGAGGACAUGUUGUUCUAUGAGCAACCCAAUGCAAUGGAUGAUGAGCUUAAACAGCUGCAUGGAACUCUGGCGCUAAGGCAAUUUAUUGCAAGCAAGGGUCUCAGAAUACCGAGGUUCCUUAGAGCUCUAAUCUCAGAGGAGGACAAAGAACAUAAGGGCAGAGGAACAGACACAACUGGAUCCGUACCAAUGCAGAGAGGAACAGUUGUCCUUUCAAUAUGAUCUCCAGUAAGGUUCAGAGGAAGAACAAAAAUGUUGGUGGACCAAAUUGUUGGACUUCUGUUGGACAUCUACCAUAAAUGGCAAGGACAUGGCAAAAUAAAAUAUCACAGAAUA